CUGUCUUGACGUUGCCAGUGGGAGGGUCUGAUUGAGCAAGAGGUCAACACGCCUCCCUCUAGCCCGGGGGAAAGCAGCGCGGGACUGGGCGAGAAGGAGGAACUGCUCUCCUCACUUUGACUCGGCUUAAGGGGCUCACCGGGAGGUCGGAGCGCAGAUCUAGAAGAUGAGUUAUCCAGGAUAUCCACCAGCUCCAGGGGGAUAUCCCCCCGCACCAGGGGGUUAUCCACCCGCAUCAGGAGGGUACCCGCCAAUCCCAGGAGGAUACCCACCAUUAACAGGUGCACAUCCCUGGGGUACCAAUCUGCCUCCACCAAUUGGAAUGGAUGCACUUUCCAACAUACAAGGACACCUCAAUACCUCCUACUUUGAAGGAAUGGCUCAAAACGUAAUGGGUGGGUUUGGUUCUGGACCACCGAAUAUUGGUUUUGGGGCACCUCCCAGCCAGCAGCCAGGAGCUCCAUAUGGAAUGUAUCCAGGCCAGUCCAACCAGCCUGGUGCUCCAGGAUAUCCCGGAUCCACACCUGGAUACCCGCCAAGUUCUGGCCCUGCCCCUGGAUACCCCUCCGGCCCCACCCCUGGAUACCCGCCCAGCUCUGGUCCUGCCCCUGGAUACCCCUCUGGUCCGACCCCUGGAUUCCCGCCAAGCUCUGGUCCUGCCCCUGGAUACCCCUCUGGCCCAGCACCAAGCUAUCCAUCCAAUCCACCACAAGGAUAUUCAGCCACUCCUGGUUCGACAGUAACCCCCUCUGUAGCUCCUGUGAAGCCUGUCAACCGGGGGACUGUUAGAGAAGCAGCUGGAUUCGAUGCUCUGCGGGAUGCCGAGGUUCUGAGGAAAGCCAUGAAGGGGUUUGGCACAAAUGAACAAGCCAUCAUAGACGUCGUUGCUCAUCGGUCAAAUAAGCAGAGACAACAGAUUGUCCUCUCCUUUAAAACUGCCUACGGGAAGGACUUGAUAAAGGAGCUGAAGUCCGAGCUAUCGGGAAACUUUGAGAAGGCGGUACUGGCCCUGCUGAAGCCCCCCGCGCUCUUUGAUGCAACAGAAAUGAAAGAAGCCAUCAAGGGAGCUGGGACGGACGAGCAGUGUCUAAUCGAAAUCUUGGCAUCUCGCUCGAACGCUGAAAUCCAUGAAAUCAAUAAGGUGUAUAAAGCAGAGUUUAAGAAGACUUUGGAACAAGAUAUUAAGAGUGACACCUCUGGACAUUUCGAGCGGCUGCUGGUCUCCCUUGUCCAGGGCAACCGAGAUGAAAGUCAAAACGUGGAUAUAACACUGGUCAAAAAAGAUGCGCAAGAUCUGUACAAUGCAGGAGAAGGACGUAUGGGAACAGAUGAGUCGAAGUUUAAUGCUGUUCUCUGCUCCAGAAAUCGAUCCCAUCUGAGAGCAGUGUUUGAAGAGUAUCGCCAGGCGUGUAAGUACGAUAUUGAGAAGACAAUCGCCCGUGAGAUGUCUGGGAAUCUGGAAAGAGGCAUGGUGGCAGUAGUGAAGUGCCUGAGAAACACUUCGGCGUUCUUUGCUGAGAGGCUGUACAAGUCCAUGAAGGGACUGGGUACAGAUGACAGGACCCUGAUUCGCAUUAUGGUGUCCCGCUGCGAAGUUGAUAUGUUGGACAUAAGGGCUGAAUUCAAGAGGAUGUAUGGGAAGUCGCUGUACUCAUUUAUAGCGGACGACUGCUCCGGUGAUUACAAGAAGUUGUUGCUGCAGCUUUGUGGCUCAAAUGACUGAGGGAGGACAGCGGGGUUUGAGCUGGUGGAGCUUUGAGCUUCCACCUGUCAUAGAGCAGGGGUGUCCUCAGCUUUCUUUUGUUUAAUUUCCUUUUCUGUCAGCUUGUAAAUGUAAUCCUGUGCAUUGCCAUGUUCAAUAUGUAUUUGUUCAGCUGAAGUUUGAGAUGGUAUUGGGGGGCUUGGUAGAGAUUUGCCCUAUUGUAUUUCCAAGGGCAAUGUUUGUUUGAGGGUUUUACCCCCACCAACUUGCCUCUACUAACCUUUGCCUCUUCUGUAGAACUCUUCAGUUUGAUUUGAUCUCGGAAAAGAUCACACUCAUUUAAAGUUCAAUGUACAUUUAUUAUCGAACAUUUAUUAUAGGCCAUUGACAACCUUGAGGUUCACCUUCUUGCAGGCAGCCACAAGACGAACAGACAAUGGAAUCCACAAAAAAAAUCCCACACACUGCUAAUGACAAACUCCCACCCCAUUGCGUUUCACUUUUUGAACUUUCUCUGACUGCCUAGACAAUCAUUGCCGUCAAUCAGCCCUUUCAUGGCUGAGUUGAAAUGUAGAUAAGGUUCUUGGUUUCCUCUAACUUCCAGCAAUUUCUUCCUCCUCCCCUUCUUACUUUUUCCAUUUCCCACUGUGACUUCCCCUUACCCCUCACCUGCUCCCUCUGGUUCACUGACUGCUUCAAGGCUUGGAACAGUUUGCGUUACUUGUAUUUUAUAUCUUUUUUGUAAAUUUGCAUAUUGCGUGCCAAUAUAACCGGCAUUCACCUUUUGCCAUCUUGUCCAGUUCUUAGGAACUGUCAAAUACAAAGUGUUUCCUUAUCACCCUUAAUUAGUGAUCAAUGUGCAUUGACAAGGCUUAUAAUUCAUAACUCGAACAACACACAAACUGCUGGAGGAGCUCAACAGUUUGGGCAGCAUCUGUGGAGGAAAUAAACGGUCAGUGUUUUAGAAUGAAACCUUUCAUCAGGACUGGAAAGGAAGGGGGUGGUGGAAGAAGCCUAGCUUCAAGAUUUCCAGCAUCUGCAGAAUCUCUUGUGUUCAGUCAAUAGUCUUAAAUUGAUCUUUCUAAUUUCCGGUAAUCUUCUCCUCCUCCCCUUUUCUUUUCUCCAUUUCCCACCGUGACUCCCCCUUACCCCUCACCUGUUGCUCUGGUUCCCUACCUCCUUCCCUUUCUCCCAUGGUCCACUCUCCCUUCCUAUCAGAUUACUCCUUCUUCAGCCCUUCACCUUUUUGACCUAUCACCUUCCAGCUUCUGACGUCAUCUCACUCACCUGCCAACUUGCACUCCUUGUCCUCACCCUACCUUCUUAUUAUGGCAUCUUCCCAGUCCCAGUGAAGGGCCUCAUGUCGAACGCCUCUCUAUAGAUGCUGUCUGACCUUCAGCACUGUGUGUGUUACUCUGGAUUUCCAGCAGAAAGUCUGGAUUUGUUAACUCGAACCAGCAGUGAGGCCAUUUUUGGUGGCCAAAAUCAGGAAUUUUCAUCCUGUGUACAACUUGAGGGUGAUGUUUCCAAUGCAAGUAUCUGCUUCUCACACCUUCAGUCUUACUGACCAAAGAAUCCACACGUGCCCCCUCAGGCUUCAAUAAGGCCUCAGGACUACAAUACGAAGAUAGAGAGUUGGUGUCUCUGAAUUAUCUGUGAGACACUGUCUGUCCCAAAGAGCCGAUUGCUGGCAAAGGCCACCGUCAGGAAUUGGAGCGAAUGGAAGAAGGCAAAAUAUAAUAUGCUCAGAAAUGUAAAUGAAUAAAGAUAAAUACUAUGCAACUAAUCUACA